GAUUGGAAUUCCAACAACCAACAACCCACAACCGAUUGUCUUCCACAGGCCCAUUUUUCAUUUCAUCCAAAUCCCACUGCAACGGUGAGAGUGAGAGAGUGAAAGAGAAAGCUUAGGUUCCACGCUGCUAAAUUAUAAGCGAAAAUGGUGAAUUUCAUGCUGAAGAUCUCUGCCGACCUCGAAAACCUCACUAACCUCCAGCCUCAGGGCGGCUGUGACGAUCCUUCCUUUCCCUAUCUCUUCAAGCUGAAAUGUGGGAGGUGUGGAGAGUUGAGUCAGAAGGAAACAUGUGUGAGUUUGGGCGAUACUGUUCCUCUUCUACAAGGCAAGGGAACCACCAAUCUUGUUCAGAAGUGCAAAUUUUGUAUGAGGGAAGGAACUGUAACAAUGAUCCCGGGCAAAGGUCGACCACUGACUCAGGAAGAUUGUGAAGGCGGAAAAUUUGCACCUUUGAUGCUUUUUGACUGCAGGGGUUACGAGCCUGUAGGGUUUGUAUUUGGCGUUGGCUGGAAGGUUGAAUCUCUGGAAGGAACUAAAUUUGAAGGUAUUGACUUAUCUGGAGAUGACUUCUCUGAAUAUGAUGAGAAGGGAGAGUGCCCUGUGAUGAUAUCCAACCUCCGUUCUACUUUUGAACCGGUGAAGUAGAGUAAUACUGCACACUGUUUUAGUAAAUAAAAACUAACAGGUCACCAAGAAUGAGGUAGAAACCAUUGACCGGAAUACAUGUUGGCAUUAAGCUAUUAUAUCCUAAGGCGGUCUGAUGUGAAACAUUACAGUUUGGUGCAUGUCCAUGGAUACACUGGCAAUGGUUUUACUGAUUAGUGAAUCACGUUAUGUUUGUACUUUUAUGGUUUUCUCAGUUUUCAUAAUGAUUACACUAGGUGCAAUCACUCUUCGGCUUGGAUGAAAAGAAAUAGGUCGUUUUCUCUGUAUUAAAUAUUUUUGUUUCUCAUGUUCUAGAACCAGUUGUUUUAAGACUCGGAAAAGCUUUAUGAUUCUUGCUAUUCAGAUAAAGAACUGAAAUACAUAUCA